AUGAAAUUGAUAAUCUCAAGGAACAAUUACACAAGGCUCAAGUUUGAAGAAUCCAUUCUCAGCCAAAAGGAUAAUAUUAGAUGGCUUGAAGAAGGAGAUGCUAAUACCAAAUAUUUUCAUGCAAUUAUCAAUGAGAAAAAAAAGGAGACUGAAUAUUCAGAGGAUUCAAAACAGGAAGGGCAAUGGAUUAAUGGUGAUGAUGAUAUCUCUACAGAGGUUGUUAAUCACUUUACUCAACUAUUUCAAGAAGAUGGUGAACCUGAGCUUCAGUAUAUUGAUUGUUUUGAUCAAAGUAUUAAUCAACAUGACAAUAUUAUGUUAUGUGCCAUGCCGCAAGAACUUGAGAUCCGAGAAGCAGUGUUUGCUCUUAGCCCUAACUGUGCACCUGGCCCCGAUGGGUUCAGGGAUUCUUUUUAUCUAAACUGUUGGGACAUUAUCAAGGAGGACCUAAUAAAUGUUAUUCAAGAUUUUUUUAAUGGGGCAAAUCUUACCAAAUUUUAUACAAGCAUCUGCCUAAUUCUUCUGCCAAAAGUGGAAAGUCCUUCAUCUUUUUGUGAUAUGAGACCUAUAAGCCUUAGUAGCUGA